CCUAGGACGAGCAGGGAGCAAGCAGCACUCCACCAAAGGUGAAUCAGAAGUGUGAUCGGAUCGGGUCGCCUGCAUUACUGGGCGAGUCUUCCUUGGCAGUGUUCGCGUCUGCAGCGCUACAGCUGCAGCUGCAGAGCGGUCGAUCGGCCGGCCCCUGCCAAAGGAGAAUUGCCCAGCCAUGCAGCUCUGCGGCCUCAAACUAGCGUGCCCGUUCUCGAGCUACUGUGCCUGCUGCGUUGCGUGAUCUUGUUCGUUCCCGUUUCUGUCAAUCUUCCAUUUCUUUCUUUCUUCUUUAUGAAAAAAUGCCAGUAAAAUAGAAAUGCUGCUUCUAUUUUUUAUCCAUGUGCAAGCAUGGGUUUGGACACACGCAGCCCAAGGGUCAACACCGUUUCCAGCCCAGGAAGGCCCAUGAGGCUUCUCUCCUCCUCCGUCUCGUCGGCUCCGCCGCGCCGCGUUCAACAAAAGGUCUCCAGUCCAGCUCGCUCUGAGGCUGGCAAGAGGCCCCACCGGCCAGCUCCCCGUGGGUCCGGUCGCGUCCCCCGCCCAUGCCCUGACCUGCCUGGCCUUCCUGAAAAGGCGCGCAAAAGAUGGACUUUUUGGUCACGUCCAGCACGCAUGCACCGAGCCGUUGCGGCACUGGUAGUCUGGUACGUGGUACCCGACCCAAAUAAAGCGACCAUUUCAAACGGACACGACCGGACACGGGACGCCAUCGCACCAAGCCAAGCUCAAGCUGGCGUCCAUGCCGUCCAAGCCCAAAUCCCCCAUCGCUUCCAAUUCUUUUCCGCAAUUCUAGCUGCUAGCAGCGCACCCUGCCGAACCAAGCCCACAAGAUCGCGUGCGCUACUUGUUGUAUCCUGAGAAAUGGAAGGGGACGACAUCUUGGCGGCCAUGGAUUCCCUGUGGUUCCACUCCAGCGUCCUCCUCCAGCCGCCUUCCAAGCACAAGCAGGGAGACUGCGCCGAGGAGCUGCAGUCCAGGCAGCAGCAGGAUUCGGCAGAGGCGACCAGCGCAAGCUCCGGCCAGGCUCCCAACGGCGUCAAGGAGGCAGCGGCGGUGGCAAUGGAGCGCAGAGCGGCUGCGAGGUGCGGCGGGGACAGGGAGUGGGAUGAGCGCAUGGUGGCCUGGCACAAGGAGCUGCGGCGGCGGUCGCGCGUCGCCGCGGCGGCCCGGUGCUCGCGGGCGCGGAUGCCGCCACCCGGGGAAGGCGUGGCCAUGAAGGCGCACCUCAGGUCCUGGGCUCACGCUGUCGCGUGCUCCGUCAGAUAAGCACCCUCGAUCCAGAAACUUUGCUUUGCAGUGCUCGCGCUUGUCUGUCGAAUGCAACACCCAUUCUUUGCUGCAUCUCUGAAUAAGUGAAUAAACGCAUCUGUUCAUGGUUGUCUGCUUGCGGAGCAUUGUGACUCCUGCUGCUCACCUUUCCAGUUUGAUCGCAUGAAGCUGAGAUAGCGAGUUUCAUAGAAUCCCAAGUAUCUGCAUGUGUCCAUGCUUCAUACUAAAUCAUUAUUGUAAGAGAAGCAAGUGCCACAUUUUUGUGUACAGUUGUUUCUCGUCUGCUGGGAUCUGAACUCUGCAGGCAAUGGACUAACUGAGCUAUCGCUAACAGAGGAUUUACAGGUAUAGGAUGUGGAAUCGAGGGCGGGAGAGCUGCCGCUAUACAGGCUACAGCUCUCCUGUGAAUGAUUAGGCUAUACAAGUAUACAUGAUGUAAA